GCCUGCGCAGCCCCGAGGGCCCCGCGUCGCUCUCCCGAGCCAAGGUUCUCAGGAGCGGGCCGCGCAAAAGACGUUAGCGGGAGGAGUUAGCGGCUGUUGGGGGAACGGGUUGAGGGAAACAGUCCCUUCCAAAGCACGGCAAUCGCGGGGUGGGGCGCCGUGCUGCCUCCCAGGCCGGGGGCGCUGGCCAGAAGGGGCGCGCGUGGCGACGGUGACCGCCUGCUGCGGCACGCCCGGGCAGGGCUGCGCAGGAAGAGCCAGGGGGCGGUCGCCCGUUGGCCCCGCUGGGGCUGAACGCCCAGGGGUCGCGGCGCGUCGGCCUGCAGCGCGUCAGCAGUUUGUGGCGUCCAAGGCAAUGCGUCGCAGCAGCUCCAAGAGUGGAGUCGUCCUGGCUGCAGUGGCUAGAGGUCCUGAAGCUUCUCAGAUGCUCACCAGAGCCCAGCUUGGCCAAGAUCCCCCACAAAGGACAGUGCUAGGGGUGCUAACCGAGAAUGGGCAGUACAGGAAGACCUGUGGCCAGGAGAUCACAGCAAUCAGGUGUUUUUCUGGAUCAGAAAAUGUCUUCCCUCCAGCUGGAAAGAAAAUGCUCUCUGAUUGUGGGGUCCUGGAGCCAGCCAAGCAUGGAUUUGAUAUCUACAUGGACGAGCCUGAGCAGGGGGACAGAGACAGCUGCUCAGGAAGAGAGGGGAUGGCAUUUGAGGAUGUGUAUGAAGUAGAUACCAGCACACUCAAGUCAGACCUUCACUUCCUGCUGGAUUUUAAUACAGUUUCCCCUAUGCUGGUAGAUUCAUCUCUCCAUUUCCAGUCUGAAGAAGCGUCAGAUUUGGGCACAGAUGUGAUAAAUGUGACUGAAUAUGCUGAAGAAAUUCAUCAGUACCUUAGAGAAGCUGAAAUAAGAUACAGACCCAAAGCACACUACAUGAGGAAACAGCCAGACAUCACAGAAAGCAUGCGUACGAUUCUGGUGGAUUGGCUGGUGGAGGUUGGCGAAGAAUAUAAGCUUCGAUCAGAAACUCUGUACCUGGCUGUCAACUUCCUGGACAGGUUUCUUUCCUGCAUGUCUGUUCUAAGAGGGAAAUUGCAGCUUGUAGGGACAGCAGCUAUUUUUCUGGCUUCGAAAUAUGAAGAGAUAUAUCCACCUGAAGUAGAUGAGUUUGUCUAUAUAACUGAUGACACAUACACAAAACGGCAACUAUUAAGGAUGGAACACCUGCUCCUGAAAGUCCUAGCUUUUGAUCUGACAGUUCCAACCACCAACCAAUUUCUCCUUCAGUACUUAAGGCGUCAAGGAGUGUGUGUCAGAACUGAGAACCUGGCCAAGUAUGUAGCAGAACUGAGUCUACUUGAAGCUGAUCCAUUCUUGAAAUAUCUUCCUUCAUUGAUAGCUGCUGCAGCUUACUGCCUGGCAAACUAUAUUGUGAACAGGCACUUCUGGCCAGAAACCCUUGCUGCAUUUACAGGCUACUCAUUAAGUGAAAUUGUGCCUUGCCUGAGUGAGCUACACAAAGCAUGCCUUGACAUACCCCAUCGACCUCAGCAAGCAAUUAGGGAGAAGUAUAAGGCUUCAAAGUACCUGCAUGUGUCCCUCAUGGAACCACCUGCAGUUCUUCCUCUGCAAUAAGUGCUAGAACUGGAGCAUUUCCAGAACCCAACCACCAUAUCAACAGGAUUGCUCUUAGUUUCCAUAAGUUUCUUCAAGUUUGGCCAACUAAUGUCAAUAUAGAUGACUUUUCAAAUAUGUAAAUGUAUUAGGUUCUAUUAGACUUUAGUAGUUAUAAUUUAGUCUAGAAUUGUUGAAGAAUAAACUACUUGCUUUAUGAC